GAGAGAGACGGGGAGACCUCUGAAAACCACCCGCCUCAUUGGCGAUGCGAUAGUCCCCCUCCACCUCCACCCCCACCCCCUCGGGGUCACCGCCGUCGCCGCUCCCCCCUCCUUCCUCGCCGGGACAUCGCGCGCCGCUCUCUCCGCCCCGCCCCCGCCGGAAAGUUCGAGUCUUUCGCAGACCGGUCGUCCGUCCGUCCGUCCCCUCUGACUGAUUGAUUGAGAUCCGCGCUCGGAGUCGUGGAAUCGCGCAUGAUCUAGCAAUGGAGCCGUCGGAUCUGAACACGCACCUGCCGCCGCGGAAGCGGCUGCUCGCAGGGCUCCGGACGGCGGCCGCGGCCUCCCCCUGCGACGCCGCGCCCGCGCCCGAGCCGCCCUUGCUCCUCCCCGACGGCCUCGCGGCCCGUCUCCGCGACAUGCCGCCGGCCAGCACGCAGCAGGAGAUCAUCCAGGCCGCCCAGCGCGCGGUCGACGCUGCCGAGGCCGCCGCGGCCGCUGCCCGGGCGGCUGCCGUCGACAAGGCGGCUGUGGCCGCCAGGGCUAGGGCUGCGGCCAGGGCUGCCAUGGAGUUCCUCGACUCCCUCUGCAUCGCCGGCGCGUCCAGAAAUGGGAUCCAGCUGCUCAAACCGAAAUCCAAGAAGAAACAUGUGCAGGUCAAGCUCCUGUAUAGGCCGCCCUCGUCCAAUGGCCGGGCGAUCGAGGGGAGAGAAGAGGCUGUGGGUGGUGAUGGCACUCCUAGGCCGCAUCGUAGGCGCAGGGAGAGCGAUGAGGAGGUCGCUCGCAAGCUUCACCGCGUGAUGAACAGCUCGCCGCGGAUUUCCUUCACCGGGCCCAAGAGACCCCGUGGUAUCGCUGCCGGGGAAGAUGGCUACCAUAGUGAUGGAGGUGGGGGUGAUGCUUGCAAUGGCUCCUCGACGCACACGCCAACCUCAGUUGGCGGGUUACUUAACGGGGGAAGCUCUGUUGGGAAAUCCGGCGAGAGAACUAUUCACUCUUCCAAAACUAGGGCUCCGGGCGAUGAUGGUGAAGCGUAUUCUUGGAACACUGCAAGGAGCAGCAGGCACAUUGCUGACAAUGGAGAUGGAAUUGGAAACCUAAGCGCUGGUCGGAAAGUGAAGAUCAAGAGGAAGCAGCUGUUUUUGAACCACAAUCAUGACGGUGAACAGAGAGAAGAGGAUAAAGAAACAGAGCAAUUCAGAGAUCCUACAGGAUACGACGAGCUGAAGUCCAAUGGCGCAGAAAAGCGGCCUAGUUUUGCAGACGCAAUUGCAGCACCUGGUGGUGAUGAUCCCAUGCCGACGAAGAUCACGUCGGUGUGGAAGUUCAAGAAGUUCAAACCGGCGUCGUCAUCGCACUGCUCCUCUGACAGCAAGAUGUUGUGUUCCUCGAGUUCGGCGGCUGAAACCUCUGCUUCGGUGAAGGCUGAUUAGUGAGGUGAGGUAUCCUCAUUAGCUUAUAUAUAUUUAUAUAUAUAUAUAGUUGGCAGAUGCCUGCCCUAGCUAUAUGCUUGUUGUGAGAUUUUGUAUGUUGAAAUUUUUACUAUCCGGACAGACAGGCAGCGAGAGGAGGACAUCUCUCUCGGUAGAUUCCCACCUUUCAUUUGAUUUUUAUACAAAUGUGCUUGCUUUAUGGUAUAGGAGUUACUGGGUAUUUCUACCGAAUCAUUUCUGUUAUGUACUCCCCAUUUUAUAUGUCAGUAAUGAUAGAAACUGUGACAAAUUUCUGGA